UCCAGAACGCUCCAGAAUGCUUUUUAGCCCCGUUUUCAUUCUCCGCACAGCUACAUCCUUACGACCCCAACUCAGAAUGGCGUCCCAAACCCUGUUACCGCAGAUUUCGCUCUCUGCAACCGAACAGAAGAUCCGUGACUUGCUUGUGGACUACGCCGCCGCAAAAGACGCCCAGACGGGCUCUGUUCCAACGGUAUUGCGCGUCAGCGGCGGUUGGGUGCGCGACAAGGUGCUCGGAAACGAAAGCAACGACUUGGAUAUUGCCAUCAGCAACUUGUCGGGCGAAGAGUUCGCGCGCGGGUUGAUGGCCUACAUUGGCGGUAACAUGGACAAGUACGCGGGGGUGGUCAAAAAGGUUACCUCCAUCCACACGAUCGCGUCCAACCCAGAAAAGUCAAAGCACUUGGAAACGUGCACCACCAAGUUAUACGACCUAGACAUUGACUUUGUCAACUUGCGCAGCGAGGAGUACACCGACCAGUCGCGCAUCCCGGUGAUCAAGUUCGGCACCCCCGAGGAAGACGCCUUGAGACGUGAUGCUACAUUGAACGCACUCUUCUACAACUUACAGACACGGCAAGUGGAGGACUACACCGGGAAAGGCUUGACCGAUUUGUACCAGGGCGUGUUGCGCACGCCACUACAGCCGUUCCAGACGUUUUUAGAUGACCCAUUGCGCGUGUUGCGCCUCAUCCGAUUUGCCUCCCGCUUCAACUUUGUCAUCGAGUCAGAAACAUUGCACGCAAUGACCAGUCCAGAGAUUAAGGUUGCCCUCAGCCAGAAGAUCAGCCGCGAGCGCAUCGGCGUAGAGGUGGAAAAAAUCUUGCAGAGCCAAAACGCCGGCUACGGGUUGAAACUCAUAACCUACACCGGGCUCUUUGAGCUUAUUUUCAGCAUGGGACCCUUUGAGGAGGCCGUGCGCGCGUACAACCCAGAUUUGACCGAGCUUCUCCGCGAAAGCACCAUCAGCUCGUCCGAACAGACGUCCUAUACCGUCGAGCUCUUACCCGUGUUUGCGCAGUACAUCCACAGCCAGAACCAGCAAAACUCGCCUGUGGGGAAGGUUUUUACCAGCUUAUCACAGGAGCGUAAGAUGCAGAAGCUCUUCUGGUUGUUGACGGUGGCGCAGCCAUUGCAGUCGCUUGUGUUGGUGACCAAUCCCAAGAAGCGCGGAACCUUGGCGGUUGAGCUUUUAAUCAAAGAGGGGGUCAAGCUCGGCAACAAGGAUGCGGAGCCAGUUGCAAAGAUCAUCACCUUGCAGCCCACGUUGAAUAAAUUUAUCGAAACCUUCACCAAGAGCCAUGAGACGGUGACCCGCUCUGACGUAGGGUUGAUGAUUAGAUCAUACGGUGAAUGGUGGCCGCUCGCGUUGACCUUCAAUGCCUUCUUUGAAUUCCUUAUUCACGCCUCAACGAUAGUUCAGUUGACUCCGUUUAACGGCGCAUGCCCAAGGGAUCCGUUGGACACGUCUGUCGUGACUGACAGCAAUACACAGGCUCUCGGCGCGUUGGCCCAGGAAGCCUUGACCAAGUACAAUGCCUUGUACCAGUACAUCCAGGAGCAACAGUUAGGCGACGCCUACAACUGGAAGCACGUGGUGGACGGCAAGGUAUUGUCCAAGACGUUGGAGUUGAAGCCAGGUCCGUGGAUGAAAGCGGUAAACGAUGAGAUUAUGAAGUGGCAGUUGGACCAUCCGGGCGAAGGCAAGGACGAGUGCAUUGAGUAUAUCAAGACGGUGAUCCAUAAGUUUGUUUAGCGAGGUACACAUGACCGCUCAUGCAUAGGUCUGUUUAGCUGUAUAUAUAAGUGCAAGACAAUCAUUCAGAGAUAUAGGUGUGUAAGACAAGCCGUCGG